ACAGCAUUUCUUAAAUAGGUGGAGAGAAGAAAUACAAAAAAAAAUAAUCUUUUUUUUAUCAUGACAGCCAUUGCUACUGCUACUGCUAUUUCUCUUUCUCUUCCUUUCUCUUUGUGCCGCUCUAACAAGUCUUGUACUAGAAAGUUUGUCAAAGGGAGCUUUGGAGUAUUUGCAGUGUAUGGGGAGGAGGGUGGGAUUCCAGAUAAGAAAAGUUCCUGGUUGACACUCUUUAAUGUGGAAGAUCCCAGGACUAAAGUUCCACAAAGUAAAGGCAAGUUCUUGGAUGCAAAUCAAGCUUUUGAAGUUGCUAGAUAUGAUCUACAAUACUGUGAUUGGAGAGCUAGGCAAGAUGUACUUUCUAUAAUGCUCCUACACGAAAAGGUUGUGGAAGUACUAAACCCUCUAGCACGUGAUUAUAAAUCUAUUGGAACCAUGAAGAAGGAACUUGCAGAGUUGCAAGAAGAACUUUCUCAGGCCCACAACCAGGUACAUAUAUCAGAGACUCGGGUUUCUGCUGCUUUAGAUAAGCUAGCUUACAUGGAAGAGCUGGUUAACGAUAGGCUUCUGCAAGAGAGAAGCACAGUAGAAUCAGAAUGCACGUCUUCCUCUGCAAGCACGUCAACAGGAUUAUUAGACACUCCUAAAAGCAAGCAACCCCGAAGAACGCUGAAUGUCUCAGGUCCUGUUAAAGAUUACAGUUCCCGUUUGAAGAACUUUUGGUACCCUGUAGCAUUCUCCGCAGAUCUUAAGGAUGACACCAUGUUACCAAUUGAUUGCUUUGAGCAAUCGUGGGUGAUCUUUCGUGGGGCUGAUGGAAAACCUGGAUGUGUCCGGAAUACAUGUGCACAUAGAGCCUGCCCCCUUGAUCUUGGCUCAGUGAAUGAGGGUCGCAUCCAAUGCCCUUAUCAUGGAUGGGAGUAUUCCACUGAUGGGAAGUGUGAGAAAAUGCCAUCAACAAGAUUACUGAAUGUAAAGAUCAAAGCACUGCCCUGCUUUGAGCAAGAGGGAAUGAUAUGGAUUUGGCCAGGAAAUGAUCCACCUGCAGCUACCCUUCCUUCUUUACUACCACCUUCUGGAUUUCAGAUCCAUGCAGAGAUAGUCAUGGAACUUCCGGUGGAACAUGGACUACUUUUAGACAAUCUUUUAGAUCUUGCACAUGCACCUUUCACUCAUACAUCAACUUUUGCUAAAGGAUGGAGUGUACCAAGCUUGGUAAAGUUCUUGACUCCUGCAUCUGGUCUGCAAGGAUAUUGGGAUCCAUAUCCAAUAGAUAUGGAAUUUAGACCACCUUGUAUGGUUUUAUCCACCAUUGGCAUCUCAAAGCCAGGCAAAUUGGAGGGACAGAGCACCAAGCAGUGUUCUACGCACCUUCAUCAACUGCAUGUUUGCUUACCUGCAUCACGACAGAAGACACGGUUAUUAUAUAGAAUGUCACUGGAUUUUGCUCCCCUGCUGAAACACAUCCCCUUCAUGCAAUACGUUUGGAGACAUUUUGCUGAGCAGGUUUUAAAUGAAGACUUACGGCUUGUUCUUGGCCAGCAGGAUCGCAUGCUCAAUGGCGCAAAUAUUUGGAACCUGCCAGUGUCUUAUGAUAAGCUAGGUGUGAGGUAUAGAAUAUGGAGAGAUGCUGUAGAUAGUGGAGAAAAGGAACUACCUUUCAGCAAAUAAAUAUUGCUCCAUCAAGUACCGGGUUUUACUUUUCAAGAUGACUUUGAUCUCUUCAUUGUCAGCUCACAGCAAAAUUCAGUCCAGUUGUUGAGAAGCUCUCUCACUUACUGCAGUUUUCCAUAUUUUUUCUUGUGAGGAGAUACUUACACCCCUUCUGUAGAUAUAGCUGUACACAAUUUUUUUGUAGGUUCGUGUACAGUUUGAGCAAUCUUACAUUCCUCACCAACAAUUCUAUCCUGUCCUGAUUGGCACUUGGAAAAUCUCAUAGGUUCUUUGUAAGUGUCUAGAGUCUUCCCAGCAAUGUCGUUCCACCUUGUCAUUUAUGAGUAUUCUUUUUGCCAAACAAGAAGCCAGAGAUGUUUUGAUCUUUGGUAGCAGUUUUGAGCUCAGUUGAAUCAGUAUGACAGUAUUGAAAUAUUAUCCUUGUAGUAAAA